AUGGAGGACCAGGACACUGUAUUCGUCAGAACUCUAACCACUGACCAACUUGGUAUGGGAGACUCUGCGAGUGUCGCGCGGACACCAACCAGUAUAACUCAGUGGGUCGCCGAGAUACACAAACCGUUACACCAUGCAUACCUAGACCCCAAUAAGGUCCAGUAUGCGAGCAAAAGUGGCUUGUUGUCUUGCUUGUUACUGAGUGCUAACAUUGAGAUCAGCCAGGUAAACUGUGCGAGAUGCCCCAAGUGGUUAGAGCGUGAAUUUAUUGGUCGGAAGGCCCGUGGUUCGAACCCGACCUGCGCCUCUCGACUUUCCCUGUCUAGGCUUGGGCAACCUGGCAGUAUCCAAACCCUCGUACAACCUUUGGGUGGCGUGGCAGCUAGGCACGGAAAGGCUUUAACAACCUUUCGGUGCCUAGCUACCAUACCAGCCGAAGAGAGUAAGAGAGCUGCGAUACUGCCAGGUUACUCAAGUCUACACAGGAGAGGUCGAGAUGAGGAGGUUGGGUUCGGCCGACGGAUCUUUCGCAUCGUUCCUUGGUUGGUCAUUCUCAUGUCUUCGACCAAGUUCGAGUGGCCUUGGCAGUAUAACUUCCCACCCUUUUUCACACUACAACCAAACAUUGAAACUCGCCGAAAACAGCUUGAGGCAUGGUGUCAACUAGUUGUGGCCUAUUUCAAGCAGCGAAAUGUUUUUACAGUUAGUGUGGCAAGCCUUCGGGAUCCAACUUGUCCUCUUUUUCACAACAAACAGCUUGAGCGGAGUGCCAAUUCGGAGUUGAUCACGAGUGUUCUAGAGGAGCUUCACAAGCAUGGAAACCUAGAGUGGAUAGACAAGUCGCACACCAAUGCUCGUAUAAUUUGGCGGACACCUGAGGAAUGGGCGUCUUUAAUUUCAUCCUGGGCGCGUGCCUCCGGUCAUGGAAACUCGGUGUGCACACUGUUCGAGCUCACCGACGGUGAGGAUACAGAACACGAACCUUUCCAUGGAUUGGACAGAACUGUUUUGAUACAGGCACUUCAAUGUUUGGAAAAACGUGGAGAGGCCGCAAUGAUGGGCGAAGAGGGCGUGAAGUUUCUCUGCGUCUGACGUGGCGCAUCUGGAUCCAAGUUUUUCAGGUGCUUUCUAUGGUGAAUCCAAAAUGGUCGUGCAAUGAUGGCUCGAUCAAACCACUGUGAAUAUGAUCAAGCAACGAACUCUUCUUCUAAUUUUUCAGUUGAAAGUGUAUUUUUACAAUUUCUCCUGUUUUACUAAUAACAUACUUUGAGC